AUGGCCACGACGUACAACUUUCUACGCGGUGCGUGUCGACCAUUAGAGCAUGGAUCGCUCUUCGUCGGCAUCACGUUGAUUCUCUGCGAUCACAUUACGACGACUCUUGCGACAUAUUUCUUUUUUAUAUUCUUACAACGUAUACCCACACACACACACACACACACACACACACAUUUGAGUUUAGUACCUUUGACACUUCCAAAACGACCUGGAAGUUUGCGAACCCGUUUUAUGGAUGGCCAGAUACCACAGCUGGCCAAAUCAUUGCCCUUGCCGAAAAACACACUUUACCCCUAUACUGGAUCACCCACACCUUGUUUCCACCCAUGCCUACGACCAAGCCGUCGUAGUCCUUUGGUUUCAGUCAUUUUCAAUCCAAUCUUUCGCUGCUACGUCGUACGGAAAGCCCAUCCCCCACCAUGA